AUGCUAAAUUUGUCGCUAGAGACGAUCAGGCCACCAAAUUUUGAUGUCGUACCUCCAGAGAUAACCAACAAUCCAAAGUACUAUCCAUAUUUCAAGGAUUGCAUUGGUGCUAUUGAUGGCACCCAUAUAAGUGCCAUCGUACGUAGGUUGGAAGAGAUACGUUAUCGUAAUCGAAAGGGUAUGAUCACACAGAAUGUUAUGUGUGCAUGUUCAUUCGACAUGCGAUUCACAUUUGGGUAUGCGGGCAAAUAUUAUGUUGUUGACUCGGGCUACACCAAUCAACUGGGGUACUUGGUGCCAUUCCGAGGACAACGGUAUCACUUGCAAGAUUAUGGUGAAGGUAGGCCUGGACCAAGGACAGCUAAUGAAUUGUUCAAUCACAGACAUUCGUCACUGCAGAAUGUUAUUGAGAGAACAUUCGGUGUAUUGAAAAAUAGAUUCCACAUAUUAAAAAGUAUGAAGGCGUAUGAUAUUGAAGAUCAGUCAAGAAUCGUGGUCGCUUGUUGUGGGAUCCACAAUUACAUUAAGGAACAAGCUAUUCAAGAUCAAUUGUUCAAUGAGCUUGGAAGUGAACAACAAAUUGAUGACCCAAUGAAUCCUGAUACUCCUGCGUACCAUGCUUCUGCAUCUGAUGUCUCCCAGAGACUAUCUGCGAGACAAAUGUCUAUAGUGCAUCUUAAUAUAGCCAACCAAUUGGUAAUUUCAAGAAGAAUGUCUACAAUUUCGUUAAAUCGAUCCUGA